AUGUCGUCGGCAGCGGUGGAGGCGGCGAGGCGGGUGGUGUCCGGGCUCAGGGAGGCGUGCGCGACGCCGGCGACGCGGCUGGCAGAUGUGGCGGCGGCGUUGGCGGGGGAGAUGGAGGCGGGGCUGGCGGUGGAGGGUGGGAGCAGGGUCAAGAUGAUCGUCUCGUACGUCGAUAGCCUCCCCGACGGCGGCGAGGAGGGGUCGUUCUACGCGCUCGACCUCGGCGGGACGAACUUCCGCGUGCUGCGCGUGCGGCUCGCCGGGAAGGAGGCCCGCGUCGCCGAGCGCGUGGCGAGGGAGGUGCCGAUCCCGCCGCGUCUCAUGUCCGGCGGCGACGCGACGUCGGAGCGGCUGUUCGGGUUCGUCGCGUCCGCGCUGGCCGAGUUCGUCGCCGACGAAGGGCACGACGCCGACGGCGAGCGCCAGAGGGAGCUUGGGUUCACCUUCUCCUUCCCCGUGCGGCAAACGUCCAUCGCGUCGGGGACGCUUAUCCGGUGGACCAAGGCGUUCUCCGUCGACGACGCCGUCGGCGAGGACGUGGUGGCCGCACUGCAGACGGCCAUGUCUAAACACAACCUCCACAUGCGCAUGUCCGCUCUCAUCAACGACACGGUCGGGACGCUCGCCGCCGGCAGCUACUACGACGACGACGUCGUCGCCGCCGUCAUCCUGGGCACGGGCACGAACGCCGCGUACGUCGAGAGCGCAGACGCCAUCGCCAAGCUGGAGCCUUCCCAGCUACCCAAAUCAUCGAAUAUCAUGGUGAUCAACACCGAGUGGGGCGGCUUCGACUCGCCAUGCCUCCCCACGACGGAGUACGACCGAGCGCUGGACAAGGAGAGCCUCAACCCCGGCGAGCAAACCUACGAGAAGCUCAUCUCCGGUCUGUACCUCGGCGAGAUCGUCAGGAGGGUUCUCCUCAAGAUAUCAUCCCGGUGCUCGCUCCUCGGCGACGUCGGUGGCGGCACCGAGCUCCGAACCCGCUUCGUCCUCACGACCCCCGACGUGUCAUCGAUGCACCACGACGAGACCCCUGAUCUCACCGUUGUCGCCAAGACGCUCGCGGAUAGGCUCAACAUCCGAGGCACGUCGCUGGAGACGAGGAGGAUGGUCGUCGAGAUCUGCGACAUCGUCGCCACGAGGUCUGCGCGGCUGGCUGCGGCGGGCAUCGUGGGGAUCCUCAGGAAGAUCGGGAGAGGCGGUCCCGGCGACGAGAGGAGGUCCGUCGUCGCCGUCGACGGCGGCUUGUUCGAACACUACGCCAAGUUCCGGCGGCGCAUGGAGAGCACGCUGGAAGAGAUGCUCGGAGAGGAGGCGGCGGCGAGGGUGGUCGUCAAGCUGGCCAGCGAUGGGUCAGGUCUCGGCGCCGCCCUGGUUGCAGCGGCUCACUCUCAGAGCUGAGCUGGUCGCUCUUUUCAUGACGCGAGCUCCACUUCCUUCUUGCCAGUGAGCUGAGCUGCUGUGCUUAA